CAAAAUGCAUGAUGUUGUACGAGAUGUUGCCAUAUCAAUUACAUCCAAAGAAGAAAAUGGUUUUAUGGUAAAGUUGGACAAAGGACUCAAAGAUUGGCCACCGACGGAUAGAUCAUAUGAUAGUUACACCGCAAUUUCUCUUUUACUUGAAGAAAUGAAAGGGCAUCCUACUGAAUUGAAGUGUCCCAAACUUCAGCUUUUGCGACUAUCAUGUCUAAACCAUUCAAAAACAUUCCCAGACAAUUUCUUUAACGGCAUGAAGGAGCUGGAGAUGUUGUCUAUGGAAAAAGGUUGCUUCUCCUUAACAUCUUUGCCACUAUCAAUCCAGAUCCUCCAGAACCUUCGGAUGCUGAAUCUACAGAGUUGUCUCUUAGGAGAUGUGUCGGCAAUUGGAACCCUUAGAAACCUAGAAAUUCUUGGCUUUCCUAAUUCAGAGAUUGAGGAAUUGCCAUUGGAAAUAAGAAAUCUUAGUCGAUUAAAAUUACUGGAUAUGAAGGGAUGUGAUUCUCUAAAAAGAAUUGCAGCUGGUGUAUUAUCUGGUUUAUCUCGACUAGAAGAAUUAUACGUGGGAGGAUUCAAGAAUUGGGGAUGUACGACUACGAUGGAGGGAAAUGGAGAAGUAACAAAUAAUAAUGCAAGCCUUGCUGAACUAAUUCAUUAUUCCAGUCAACUGGUGGUUUUAGAAAUCAGUGUACCAAGUAUCUUGUGCUUGCCAAAAGUUUUGCACUUCAGUAACUCCGAUUUCAGAUUUAAUAUAGAGAUUGGUGAUAUAGAUAAUUGGGGAAAUGAGAGAUAUUUAUUUGAAAAUACUUUGAUACUCGAAAUAGAGGAUGCAAGUGAUCUUGAGGAACACCAAACAAUUCGUUCACUAUUGAAGAAAGCUGUAGUUUUGGAGUUGGAAAUUGGCAAAAAUUCAAAACACAUUUGGUUUGAGAAAGAGCACAAAGGAAUUUUACCAUGCAGCUUGAAGGAUCUAAAAAUUUCUGGAUGUGAAGAUUUAGAAUAUCUACUCGAAGCCACAUCGGAUAGUUCUCCACCUAAUACCUUCCAUCUCCUGGAGUGAUCACUAUCAUUAGAGUACUUACCAAGGCUCACUGGCAUAUUUAAUUCCACGGAUUCAGUUGAGGUUACAUUGGCAAAGCAAGAGAAGCAAAAUGUGAGUGAGGCUGAAAAUCAAACGAAGAUGUUGUCUCUGUUUCGACACAACUUGAUUGAAAGUUGGGAAAAUCUACAACAACUUUCUGCACAUGGAUGUGAUUUAUUGGAAGUAAUAUUUGAACUUGAGGGACUAAAUGCUGAAGAAAGCAAUAUCUUCAACAAUUUGACACUGUUGUACUUAAGUUCUUUACCGAAGCUGCUGCAUAUAUGGAAGAAAGGCCCACGAGAAAUUAAGGGAUUCAAUUACUUGAGAUGUCUAGAAGUACGGAGAUGUCAUAGUUUGAAAUGUUUAUUCACACCAACCAUAGCAAAACUUCUUGUGAAAUUAGAGGAAAUAAUGGUAAGGGGUUGCAAAGAAAUGGAAGAAAUCCUUGCAAAAGAAUCGGGAGAUGAAGAGAAUAGAGAUGUGAUUGCAUUUCCUCUAGUGAAGAGGCUCAUUGUCAUGAAUUUACCAAAGUUGGAAUGUUUUUACAAAGAAGAUAAUCAUGCUCUUGAAUGGCCAUCUCUGAAUAGAAUACAAAUAAUUGGAUGCCCCAAAUUAAAAAUGUUUGUUUCAACAAGUACAAAAACACCUGAGCUAAAGGGAGUGCGUGGAUCCAAAACUAUUAUAAAGGAAAAGAUAUCUUAGAUUUCUGAUCUUCUCAAUAUCUUGGCCGGUAGUCUUGGUCCUCUUUACGAGGUACUACUCAGAACACCAUUUGUGGCUGGUCGACAUUGCUGAAACUCUUUGAAAACUGUGUUUUGUGAUGCUAUUAUGUGUUGUUGGAAUUGCAGAUUUUAUGUGGAUGGUUUUUGUAACUUAGUAUAUGGAUGAUUUUUGCAACUUAGUAUGAUAGAUCUGAGUUUUUUUAUUUAGCAUAAAAGAUGUGUGUAUUGUACGAAUUGGGUUGUAAUCUGGGUGUUUCUUUU